CAACGGAGCGAACGACCUCGAUGCUCUUAGUGGUCAUGUUCCUGUUCCUACUGACCGAAAUGCCCCAGGGUCUCCUCACAGGACUCUCGCUCAUCUAUGGACCAGAUUUCUUCACAGACUGUUACAUGCAGCUGGCAGACCCGAUGGACCUCCUCGCCCUCAUAAAUUCGACCAUCAAUUUCGUCCUGUACUGCGCCAUGAGUGUACAGUUCAGGUACACCUUCGCCAGCAUGUACUGCGGGUGUUGCUCAAGGCGUAAGGAGGCCCCCCCACCCCCCCUGUCCUCAAGACAAGUCUGCGCGUCGAGUUUCAACAUUUAACCAAGAUUUGGGGUCUUUUUGGGGUGGAGUUUGUCUUCGUAAACGUGAAGGUAAAGCAUAAGCAUACAGGCGCAAGCGCA